AUGUUCCUCAAGCAGCUUCUCCUUGGCCUCGGCCUGUGUGCGGGUCUGGCCGCUGCCGACAAUGCUCAAACCCCCCUGACUGUCAACAACUUCCAGUACGAGCAACGCUGUGGAGCCAACAGUGACCCUGUCACUCCCUGCUUCACCUUCCUCGGCGGUGAUCUCAAGGAUGUCCAUGCCGAGAUUUACGCUGGUGGUGCCGCCGGCCCUACCACCGACUUGCUGCUCAAGGACGAUCAGAUGCGAGAUUUCACUACCGUGAACCCCAACAAGAGCUUCACGAUCUACUGGAGGGCUUUCGACGUUUCUCUCCUCUACAGCCCCAUCGAUACAUCCAAGGCGUGCUACAGGAUCCAGAUUAACUCCCCCGGCAACGGCAGGAUCUGGGUCAACGACGGUUUGAACGGUGAAGGUAUCGAUCUUGACUCCAGGGACGGCCGCGUUGGUUUCCACGACUUCUGUUCCAAGUGGCUCCGCAUCCACGUCGGCAAUGACAAGUAA